GAUUAGUUCGGCGCUUGUUUAUAGUGAAUUCUGCUUUUUUAGUAAAUUAACUCAUAAAACCGGUCGCAUUUAUCCAAAACUGCGUGAAUUUCAUUACAAUAUUGUUAGACUUAGCAGUGUUUUAUUUUUCCGAUUUUCAUCCGGUAGAACGAUAAAUAAGAAAAAGAAUCAAUCGACCAGAAUAACAACGAAAAGUAAGAACCAGAAAACAACCAUCCUCGCUUAUCUGAAAAUCUAGUUCCAUCUUCCACGGCGAGCCAGAUGAUGGUCCCAAUUGGAGGCCCGGUCGGCCAUGGCGGCCAUCCCAUUCAUAUACCGACACCCAUUCAGAACGCACCGCCGCCAUCGCAAAGUCAACAUGCACCAUCUAGCCAAAAUCGUCAGUCACUGUCGGUGAAACCAAACUAUACUCUCAAAUUUACUCUAGCGGGACAUACCAAAGCAGUUUCGGCUGUCAAGUUCAGCCCGAAUGGCGAAUGGCUUGCCAGUUCCUCUGCUGAUAAAUUGAUAAAAAUUUGGGGCGCCUAUGAUGGGAAGUUUGAAAAAACUAUCUCCGGACACAAACUUGGCAUUAGUGAUGUAGCCUGGUCCAGUGACAGUCGACUGCUGGUGACUGCUAGCGAUGAUAAGACACUGAAAAUCUGGGAGCUCAGCUCCGGAAAAUGCUUGAAAACACUGAAGGGUCACACCAACUAUGUGUUCUGCUGUAAUUUCAAUCCGCAAAGUAAUCUGAUUGUUUCCGGCUCGUUCGAUGAAUCGGUCCGAAUCUGGGACGUUCGUACGGGAAAAUGUCUGAAGACACUGCCGGCACACUCGGAUCCGGUUUCGGCGGUUCACUUCAACCGAGACGGUUCACUGAUCGUAUCGUCCAGUUACGAUGGUUUGUGCCGUAUUUGGGACACCGCUAGCGGCCAGUGUCUGAAGACACUGAUCGAUGACGAUAAUCCGCCCGUUUCGUUCGUCAAGUUUUCCCCCAACGGAAAGUACAUUCUGGCUGCAACCCUGGACAACACCUUGAAAUUGUGGGACUAUUCCAAGGGCAAAUGCUUGAAAACCUACACCGGCCAUAAAAAUGAGAAAUAUUGUAUUUUUGCCAACUUCUCCGUUACUGGUGGAAAGUGGAUUGUCUCCGGCAGUGAGGAUAACAUGGUCUACAUCUGGAACCUUCAGAGCAAGGAGAUUGUCCAGUGUUUACAGGGACAUACCGAUACGGUGCUGUGCACGGCCUGUCAUCCAACCGAGAAUAUAAUCGCUUCAGCGGCUCUAGAAAACGACAAGACGAUAAAGCUGUGGAAAAGUGACACAUAAAAUUGGGCCCGCAGGCAGUUGGGUGACCACCGACCGUAAAUCCUGGACAUCCUACUGGCGCGCGACUCAUCUAGAAAUAGUGCUUUUAACGAUAUACCUACCUACUGUUACAUCUUCUCUACCGUAUGCAUAUAAAUAAUUAAGCCGAAUGCACCGUAGAAAGUAAGCUUUUCAUCUACACCACACUAACUAUCCAGUAGCGUAACAAUUUGUAACAGAAUGACUUAACGUGGAAAAAAAUAUACUUCG